UGUGAAGAAAGGAAUAAUUGAUAGGAAAACUGGCCUUCGCCUGUUGCAGGCCCAGGAGUCUGCUGGGGGGAUUUUGGAUCCAAAUUUGAGUGUGUUCUUACCCAAGGACAUGGCUAUAAAUCUCAAUCUUUUGGAUUUUGAGUUUUUUAAGGCACUGAAUCAAAGUACAGAUUGUUACCUUGACCCAGAUACAGAGUGUGAUGUCAGCUAUGAGAUUUUAAAGAAAAAAUGCAAAACUGACUUCAACACUGGUUUGAUAGUAUUGCCCAUUAUUGAAAGAAGAGAUCCUUCCAAUCUGAUGUUUGAUGGUGUCCGCAAGUCUGUCUCAGCGAAGCAGUUGUUCAAGUGUGGAGUGCUUGAUAAGUCUACGUUCAACCAGUUAGUGAAAGGGGAGAAGACAGUAUCUGAAGUGUCUGCUGAAAAGGUUGGCUAUCUGAAGGGAAUUGGGCAGAUUGCAGGGGUUCAAGCUAGGGAUCAGGGAAAAAUGUCCUUGUCAGAAGCCAAAAAACAAGGCCGCUUGUCCGCAGAGACAACAGAUUUGCUCCUAGAAGCCCAGGCUGCCACAGGAUAUAUAAUUGAUGCCAAUACCCAUGAGAAACUGACAGUAGAGGAGGCUUGUGCCAGAGGAGUAGUUGAUAUAAAGGACAGGGAAAAAUUAUUGACUGCAGAGGGCGCUGCCAUUGGCUAUAAAGAUCCAAGUUCGACUGAGCCUUUGUCUCUCUAUGAGGCAAUGAAAAGGGGACUAAUUAAUUGGAAAACUGGUUUACGUUUCCUGCAGGCACAAGAGUGUGUUGGAGGCAUACUUGACCCAAGUCUUAGUGUAUUCUUUCCCAAAGACACAGCAAUCAGAAGGAAUUUGUUAGAUGAAGACCUCCUCAAUUGUCUAAAUCAGAGUCCUGCGUACUACCUCAAUCCUGAACCUGACCUUCAGAUAAAUUACAAGAGUUUGAAACAAAGAUGCUUGACAGAGUCUCACACUGGUCUGCAACUUUUGCCAAUUUCUGAAAAAUUGGAUCCCUCUAAGUUGAUUUUUGACGGCAUCCGCAAGACAGUGACAGCACAACAAAUGUUUGAAUGUGGCAUUUUGGACAAAACGACAUUAAAUCAACUAAUCAUGGGAGAGAAAACAGUGCCAGAAGUUUCUAUUGAUAAGCAAGUUUUCCUUAAAGGGGCUGGUUUAAUUGCUGUUGUUACAGCUGGAUCUUUAAAAAAAAUGUCCUUUACUCAGGCCAAGAAACAGGGUAUCAUGUCCCCUAACUGUGCUGACUUGUUACUUGAAGCUCAGGCAGCCACAGGACACAUUAUAAAUCCACAGACCAAUCAGAAAUUGACCAUUAAGGAAGCAUGUGCCAGAGGUGUAGUCAGUAAGGAAGAUGAAUCAAAGUUGUUUGCCGCUGAAGCUGCUGCCGUAGGUUAUAUAGACCCAAAUACAUCCCUGCUUUUGUCAGCUGGCCAGGCCAUGAAAAAGGGACUGAUUGACAAGGAUACUGCUCUUCGCAUACUUCAAGCUCAAGAGUCUGCAGGAGGUAUUUUGGACCCUAACCUCAGUGUAUACCUACCUAGAGACAUUGCUAUGGAUCGCUGUCCGACCCGGCCGAAGCGUCCCGACAAGCUCCUCAGUUAGAACCCUGAAUGCUAUCUUAAUCCAAAUACCCAACUGUCAAUUAGCUAUCUGUCCCUGAAGAAAAAAUGCAGUACAGACAUAAGCACAGGUCUUUUACUUCUCCCAGAACCUAAAACAC